CAUCAUGCGCCCAUCCUCCACGCCAUCACACGCCCGCCCACCACUACGCCUCCGCUGCUGACAUGGCACGAGAGUGAACGCAUGAAAACGCAUGAACGCGAGGGGCUGAAAGGUGAAACAUGUCACCAUGUCUGACCAGGCUGCAUCAGACCAACUGCUUGGCGCUGCCGCCAUCCUCCCCACCCUCGCCAGCGGCGCGUACUGGCUUGUCUACUUCAUUGUGAUAGUCCUGAGGACCAUCGCUUACGCCUUGCUGUGGCUGCUCAACCUGCUCUGGCGACCAAUUGCCUUUACCCUGCAGCCCAUCCUCUACCUAGGCAAUUUCUUGCUAGCAUGUUUGGCAUUGCCAUUCAGAGCAAUAGUGAAGCUUGAGACUCUGUACAUCUACUUGGGCAUCGCAGCUCUAGUCGGAAUCCUUGGCGGUCUGCUAGUCAGUCUGAUCGCAAGCAAAGUGACCGGCACCUUCCUCAAGCCGCCUCCGAUCAAACCACAGAAAGGCCGAUCAGUCAAGGACUAUCGCGAACAGAAACAACAGAAGAAGGCCAAGGACCAGCUGCCGACUCUUCUCGUACCUCCCACGCGACAAGUGAAUGGAGUCUCACCACAGCGUCUGUCGCCUGGGUCACUAUCACCUGGGUAUCUGAGUCUGUCAGAUAGUAGCCGGCGGAAGGCAGGACUCUUGAGCACGGCGAUUCUCGAGGAAGAGGAUUCCGAAUUUUAACAGCCCUCGAAGCCUCGCAGCAGAUGAAUAUAGCAUUCAUAUCAACGACAGAUGCCCACAUCAAACAGCAACGCACAAUCUCGAUCAACACAAUCACAACUUCGCCGCAACCUCCUUCACCCUCUCCCCCUUGAACACAAUAUGCCCAUACUCCGCAUACCCCUCAUUCCCACACCUCAAAAUCACACUAUGCUCAGCAAAAUGCUUCGUCGCAUGAUACUCAUGAUGCGCUUCCGUCGUCGCCCACCCCACAUAAACCACAUAACACCUCUCAAACUCCUCCCUCUCCCCUCUCCCCUCCACUUUCCUUCCCAAACUCCCUUUCACGCUCUCUACCCUCUCUUCCAAAAUCGGCCCGCCACUACACCCAAGACAUCCGUCCACAUACCGAACAAUAUGUGUCCACAACGGCCAAGCACCUUCAUCCCAUGCGGCGCUUCUGUUUACAUAUAUCGCCGUGCCCGAAAACGGAGCUCCUCGCGCUAAAGCUUGAGAAUCAGGAGUGAAAUCUUGCAACACAGCAUGGCGGAUCACAGGGGUUUGUUUCUUAUUCGCCAAAACAUCAACCAGUGCAAUGAAGAAACGAUAGUUAUCCGAAGCGAGGAAGGCUUGAUGUUGAGAGAGGGUGUUGCGGACUUUGUCAACACAAAACACAGGUCGUCAGCA